CUCGUCGCAUGGUGAAGCAAACGAUCUCCAAGCUCUGGGGCGAGCCCGCCAUGUGCAUCACGCCGAACUGGCAGUAUUUGUCGCCAAAGAGCUGGACCAAGGGCGACCUGGACUCCUUUUUCAUGCUCUUCUUUGACAACUUCUCUUCCCUCCUCGGCAUCCUGUCCGCUAUGCUCACCGCGCCGAUGAUCGCCUGCUCCUUCACGUUCACCGCGAACGAUGGCGAGCCCAACUACCCCGCGUACUACCAAGCGUUCGCGGACAUGGUCUUCCAACGGGUUUGCCCGGGCAUCGGCUGCGCCCUCCUGUUCGGCAACAUCUGGUACGCGAUUAUGGCCGCCAAGCUGUCCCGCAAGGAGAACCGGUCCGACGUUACCGCCCUCCCCUAUGGCGUCAACGCGCCCGCCGGCUUCCUCAUGGUCUACAUGGUGAUGCUGCCGCUCUGCUUCAAAAACUCGCCCUACGUCGAGUUCAAUUUCAACGGAAAGCCUGUUUCGGAGCUUCUGUCGCCCGAGGACUUCGCGUGGGAGGCUUUCGCGGCGGCCUGCUGCGCCAACCUGAUCGGCGGACUCUUCGAGGUGUGCGGCAUCGGCCUCGCCCAGAUCAUCCGGCGCAACGUGCCCCGCGCCGCUCUCUUCGCUCCCAUCUGCGGCGUCGGCUUCGUGUGGCUCGGCCUCAGCCCGCUCAUCGACGUGAUGCGCGAGCCGCUCAUCGGACUCCUCCCGCUAGCGCUCUGCUUCACGGGCUUCUUCGCCAACGGCGGCAAGGGCAUCUACCCCGCGCGCGUGCCCGCCGCGCUCGUCAUCUUCGCCGUCGGCACCGCCCUCUGGUGGAGCGGCCUCGCUCGCUGGGACACCGAGAACCGCGACGGCUGCGGCGAGACCGGCGGCACGGGCGACCUGAACGAGCGCUCGGUAAUGGGGUGCCAGGCCAAGUUCGCGGCGGAGACCUACGUGGGCAAGAACAAGUUCUCGCCCUUCACCGUCCUCGAGGGCUUCAAGGACAUUACCGCGCGCGCCAUCGCCAUCCAGCUGCCAAUCGCGCUCGCCUCCUUCCUCGAGACGAUCGAGAACGUCGAGGCGGCGGAGCUCGGCGGCGACAGCUACAACGUGCACGAGGCGAUGCUCUGCGACGGGCUCGGCACCAUGUUCGGCGCCAUCUGUGGCGCCACGAUCCCGACGACGGUGUACAUUGGCCACCGGAGGCACAAGGCGUCGGGCGCGACCGCGGGCUACUCGCUCUGCAACGGACUCGCGUACUUUGUCCUCAUGAUGAGCGGCCUCACCGGCCUCUUCUUCUACCUCAUCGACGGUGUCUCGAUCGGGGUCAUCCUCAUCGCCGUGGGCCUGAUGAUCGUGCAGCAGGCGCUGGAGGUGUCGCCGUCGCGCCACUACCCGUGCCUGAUGGUCGGCAUCAUGUUCGUGGUCGCCGACAUGAUCUACUUCGACCACUUCAACGCUGGAGUCGGCAUGGCCACCCGCUCGCUCGGCCGCAUGCGCGGCGUCUCCAACAUGGCGCCCGCGGGCGGCAUCAUGUGCUCGCUCAUCGUGAGCUGGAUUCUGUGCGACCUCACCGACUCGAACUUUGUGCGCGGCGGCGUCGUCGCCGCCCUCGCCUCCUUCCUCUCCCUCUUCGGCCUCAUGCACGGCAACAACUACGUUUUCUCGGACGGGACGGUGAUGUCCGCCGACACGGGAGGCGACCACUACACCACCGACCUGGGCGAGGUGGUCCUCUCUACCUUCACGGAGCCCAAGACCAACGCACUGGGCUUCGCGACGAACUACACGUUCGACGCGUCGAGCUACAAGAUCAACAACGACGAGAUUCGGCCGUUCAACGAGGGCUGGCGCUUCGCCAUCGCGUACGGGGCGCUCGCCCUCUUUUGCGCGGCGCACGCGGCCUACUUCAAGUAUUUCGCGCCUGGGCAGAAGGCUGCCCCCGAGGGCAAGGACGCCACGCCGGUCGCGAUCUCGACCGCGGCCUGAGCCCGAAGCAAGGACUAUUGCGCAAGGCUCCACACUGCUAGUGUGUAAUCUGGGAUGGCACUUGGGGUGGCUUGCGUACACUUGGCUUGCGACUGUACACUUGGGGCUGGGCGCGGGGCUGCGCGUGUAGCGCGUAUAGGGGAAGGGGUUGGGGAUUAGGGGGGGCGUGCGCGACUCCUGAGUGCUGAGAGGCAGAGCUACACGGCUUUCCUGUCUGUGCGGCUCUCGCAGUUCACUAGUGCUAGUGCUCGGGACGGCGCGGUUAUGCAUGUGUCCGGGGGGAGAGAGUGGGACGCCCGGUGCCGGAAGGUUUGAGUGUUUUGUUCGUUUCGUUAAACGGAUCUCACACUCA